AUGCCUAAGAACAGCAAAGUAGUAAAAAGAGAGAUAGAUGAUGAUGUCAUCGAAUCAGUUAAGGAUCUCCUAUCCAAUGAAGAUUCUGUUGAAGAUGCUUUUAAAAAAAGUGAAUUGUCAGUUAAUGAUUCAGAGGACAAAGAUGUAGAUGUGGAAGAGGGAUCUGAUGUAGAAGAUGAGCGACCAGCCUGGAAUAGCAAACUUCAAUAUAUUCUGGCACAAGUUGGAUUUUCUGUAGGCUUGGGAAAUGUGUGGCGUUUUCCAUACCUGUGUCAAAAAAAUGGUGGAGGUGCCUAUCUUGUGCCAUAUUUAAUCUUGCUGCUGAUCAUAGGAAUACCACUUUUUUUCCUGGAGCUUUCAGUGGGUCAAAGAAUCCGUCGUGGGAGCAUUGGAGUAUGGAAUUACAUCAGCCCCAAGCUUGGUGGAAUUGGAUUUGCAAGCUGUAUAGUAUGCUUUUUUGUGGCCCUGUAUUAUAAUGUCAUCAUUGGAUGGAGUUUGUUCUAUUUUUCUCAGUCCUUUCAGCAUCCGUUACCGUGGGAUCAGUGUCCCUUGGUGAAAAAUUCUUCACAUACCUUUGUAGAGCCAGAAUGUGAAAAGAGCUCAGCUACAACGUAUUACUGGUACAGAGAAGCACUCAAUAUUUCUAGUUCUAUAUCUGAGAGUGGAGGUCUGAAUUGGAAAAUGACAAUCUGCUUAUUGGCUGCAUGGGUUACGGUGUGCCUGGCAAUGAUUAAAGGCAUCCAAUCUUCAGGCAAAGUAAUGUACUUUAGCUCUCUUUUCCCUUAUGUCGUACUUCUGUGCUUUCUAAUCAGAGGGCUACUCUUAAAUGGUUCACUGGAUGGGAUUCGUCAUAUGUUUACCCCAAAGCUUGAAAUAAUGCUGGAGCCUAAGGUCUGGAGAGAAGCUGCAACUCAAGUGUUCUUUGCCUUAGGACUUGGAUUUGGUGGAGUCAUUGCCUUUUCAAGCUACAACAAGAGAGACAACAACUGCCAUUUUGAUGCUGUUCUGGUGUCCUUCAUCAAUUUUUUCACAUCUGUGCUGGCAACUUUAGUGGUGUUUGCUGUUCUGGGCUUCAAGGCCAACAUCAUAAAUGAGAAAUGCAUUAUCCAAAAUUCUGAACAAAUUAUCAACCUUCUGAAUAGUGGCAAUCUCAGCAAGGCUAUCAUACCUCAUCAUAUUAAUUUAUCAAGUAUUACAGCAGAGGAUUAUAAUCUGGUAUAUGAUAUCAUUCAAAAAGUUAAAGAAGAUGAGUUUCCUCUGGGUUUGAAACCAUGUCAAAUUGAAGAUGAACUUAAUAAGGCUGUUCAAGGAACUGGUUUAGCUUUCAUUGCCUUCACAGAAGCCAUGACGCACUUCCCCGCUUCUCCUUUCUGGUCUGUGAUGUUCUUCCUCAUGCUAGUAAAUCUAGGACUUGGCAGCAUGUUUGGAACCAUUGAAGGGAUCACUACACCUAUUGUUGAUACCUUCAAAGUGAGAAAAGAAAUUCUGACUGUCGCUUGCUGUCUUCUAGCAUUUUGCAUUGGUCUCAUAUUUGUGCAGCGGUCUGGUAAUUACUUUGUAACAAUGUUUGAUGACUACUCUGCUACACUGCCUCUACUUAUUGUUGUCAUUUUGGAGAAUAUUGCAAUGACUUACGUUUAUGGAAUAGACAAAUUUAUGGAAGAUCUAAAAGAUAUGCUUGGCUUUUCUCCAAAUCAGUUCUAUUAUUAUACAUGGAAAUAUAUCUCCCCUAUUGUUUUAUUGUCUCUGCUGGUAGCAAGUAUUAUCCAAAUGGUAUUAAGCCCCCCUAGUUACAGUGCAUGGAUUGAAGACAAGGCAAGCAAGGAGUUUCAGAACUACCCAACAUGGGGACUGAUUGUUUGCAUCUCUCUAAUUGUUUUGGCAAUGCUCCCUGUCCCAGUUGUCUACUUGAUUCGCCGCUGCAAUCUUAUUGAUGACAGUUCAGGUAGUUUGGCAGCUGUUUCCUAUAAAAGAGGGCACAUUAUCAAGGAACCAGUGAAUCUUGAGGGAGAUGAUGCCAGCCUGAUCCAUGGAAAGAGUCCAAGUGAGGUGCCAUUUCCAACAUUUGGCAAAAACAUUUACCGAAAACAGUCUGGCUCUCCAGCAGUGGAUACUGCCCCCAACGGUCGCUAUGGUAUUGGCUACAUAAUGGCAAACAUGUCAGAUAUGCCAGAGUCUGAUUUGUAG